AUGCACGCAGCGGACUACAUAGACGGGGUAGGGAGGUCGAGAGGCCGACAGAGCAUCCCUAUGGAAGAGCGUUUCUGGCAUCGUGUGGGCCGUGAAAUGCCGUCGAGGAACUUCAUGAUCCUCUUCCGCUGCAUGAGGCCGACCUUCGCUGCUCUCGUCAAGGAGCUGUACGACACCCUCGACGUUCGAGCAUCUGACGGCGGGCGCGGCCCGGCUUUCCAUCCGUGCGAACGAACGGCUAUGGUGUUGUACAGGUUGGGACACGGGGCCGGAGCACGGGCGACGGCGGCGCUCUUUGGUGUUUCUGAUGGAUGGGUCACAUCAUGCACGUGCGAGUUCAUAACGAGGGUGACCGCGAGGCUCAUCCCGAGGUUCCUCUGGUCCUGGCCCACACGAAACGACCAAGACAACAUAUCCGCGGCUUUCGAGCGCCGUACGGGAUUCCGCGGACCUCCAGGCUCCGCGGGCGAUGCCGGUGUUUGGGACUGGGCGAGACAGAGCAAGGACAUCGCGGAGGAACAGAAGCUGCCGGAGGCGCAACGCAGGCAUCGGCGGCGGCCCCGGAACCGGGAGGCAAAAUACCUGGCAGACAAGUACAUGGAGGCGACGUGGGGGGCGGAGGGUUCCGCGCUCGACCAAGCUCGCCUGGCUGCGGAGGCUAGCUACCCUGCGCAGACAGCGAAUGAUGAGGGGGGAGGCAGCGAAGAAGAGACUGGGCCCGACAUCGACGCGGCCAACCUAGCAGGUUCAUUCAUCGGGUUCGCAGGACCGGUAAUGUGCUGGGCGGCGGACCACUGGCGAGAAAUCGCCUCUGCAUCAUCGCCGUACCCACAACUAUACGCGAGGAGUGAAGCCGACCAGCCCCCGGAAUACUGCACCGUCUUCCACCACAUGGUGAAAAGCGCGGGGUCGACCGUCAAAUCUACCCUUCGCAGCGCCUCACGAAGAGAAGGUGUCCCGUUACCAGCCUCACGGUGCUACGGGAGGGGACGACUAGGACGCGCCCUUCGAAGACCCGGAGGAUGCCGUGGGUUUUGGAGCUCGGAGGUUGCUGCAACAGCUGCCAACGAAAAUGUACUGCACAGCAGGGGGGAACUGGGGCUGUCCAAAGACUCUAUCCUCAAGUGGCGUUGGCACUUCGUGCCGCCGCGCAGACCAAGCCCGUCGCCCCGGUGGUCUAGUUGGUAGCCUCGUAACCUUCUAGAGUUCAGGUCAGGGGUUCGAAUCCCUGCGUAGGCGAGCUUUUCUUGCAAAGUGAGUUUUUCUCUCGCUUCCGCUCCUGGCCGAGUGGAUAGCGCUAGUUCGUGUGUACACAGAGGGAAGAGAGUGCUGAACUCUUCUCGCAUUAAAAAAAAAAAUUGAAGGCGAAGUACCGCAGGAGGGGAGGGUGGAGAGAGGCUCUUCUGUGUGACCACGGGUUGGAAUAAACGGCAGUAGUGCUGUGAGCGCUGAUUUGAAGUGAAGAAG